AUGGUUCCUCAAGGAUUCACUGUGGAUCUUAAUAAGCCCCUUGUAUUUCAGGUUGGUCAUCUUGGUGAAGCUUACGAGGAAUGGGUUCACCAACCCAUUGUGACAAAAGAAGGCCCUCGGUUUUUCCACAGUGACUUUUGGGAGUUCUUGACCCUUACAAGAUGGUGGGCGGUUCCUGUAAUUUGGUUGCCCGUUUCAGUCUGGUGCAUCUCCAUGUCAAUAAGCAGGGGACUUUCACUUCCAGAAAUCGUCCCAUUGAUAGCCUUGGGAAUGUUUAUCUGGACGUUGAUAGAAUACACUGUUCACCGGUUCAUUUUCCACAUAAAGACCAAGAGUUACUGGUUCGUUACACACUCUAUUCAUGUACAUAGUACUCACUAUGAUUUUUCUUUAACUCAACUCAUGCUAAUGUUAUUGUGGAACCAUUUCAGGGGAAACACAGCACAUUAUCUUCUUCAUGGAUGCCAUCACAAGCACCCAAUGGACCACCUUCGACUCGUCUUUCCUCCCGCUGCAGCAGCGGUUUUAUGCUUUCCUUUCUGGAACCUUGUGAAGCUUUUUACAACUCCUUCAGUCACACCUGCGUUGUUUGGAGGUGGCAUGCUUGGGUACGUGAUGUACGAUGUUACUCACUACUACCUUCACCAUGCACACCCAACUAGAUCAGUGACCAAAAAUCUCAAGAAAUACCAUUUGAGCCAUCACUUCAGGAUUCAGGACAAAGGAUUUGGUAUAACAUCGUCGCUGUGGGACAUAGUGUUUGGGACACUUCCAACCACCAAAGCUCCCAAAAAAGAGCAAUAGUAGUUUAUAAUAUGAAGGGGUUUCAUUUAAACCACUCUAAUAUUAUUUGUCAGCCCUCAUGAGUUAUGAGAUGUUUAUCUGAUGAAGGGGUUUCAUUUAAACCACAGUGUUUGUAAAUCAAUGUGUUACAUUCUGUUUAAUAGUCUUGGUAUGUUUCUCAGGGAAAGCAACCAACAAUAUAUACAAACGUGUAAUGUCUGUUUGAUCUUAUAUCUCGUGUUACUCUUUCUCGUAUGGGGAAUGCAUAGGAUGACCACCAUUUGUACACAAGUAAAU